AUGAGCGAGGAACAUGUGCAAAGCUACAUAGCAGAAGCUGAAGCACGUUCCAUUGCCCAAUUAAAUGAUAGAGCGUUGAUCAGCGAUGCAAUACCGUUGGCUGAAGAUUGCCUGCGGAAGAUGGACAGUACGCUAAAGCGUACUACAGCGUUCAUGAAAAAAUUAAGGAAUUUGAACACUGCACAGUAUGACGCAAUUAUCGCUGAUCUUGAAAAGGUAAAUCUUUCAAAAUAUAUUGAAGAAAUGGCAAAUUCGAUCGCAGAAGCUAAACUGAAGAUCAGCGAUUUGCCAUCUGUUAUAUCAAUUUGUGUGAAGCUAGCGUGCCUCUAUAACGAAUUUCCAUCGCAACUGCUUUCGGAAUUUAGGCGCAUUCUUCCAACAAAACGUUCAGAUAAAAUUCUCAACCCUUCCAAACUUCGUGUGCUUGGGUCUGUAAUAUCAUACAUAACGCUUACAGACAAAACUGAGCAUGUAAAUGUGCCAAUUGUUGCUUCUCUCUGCAAAGCGCUCGGGCUAGAUCUGUUAAAUAUCCAUCCUUACUCAGUGCAGCAGGAAGCUAUGAAGCUCAGUAUUGAAUUGCCUUCUCCCACUGUUUUGCCUGUAGAGCAGAAGAGGAUUUUUGCUCAGCUGUUUUUAGACUACCGAAAGACACUUGUAGAACAUGUGCAGAAGGAACUAGCUGAAGUAAAUCGCUUAACACGGUCGGUGAAACGACAAAUGCGGACUAGAGGAGAUGCUUCCGCUGAUGACUUUGCGCAUCUGAAAGAAGCUAAAGGACGGUAUUUGAAACAACUACAGAAUGCUGCAAACCUAAGUGAAAUUUUAGGUGUUGAAAUGGAAUCUAUGGAAGAAGAGCAGAGUGAAGAUGAAGAAGAAGAAAUUUCUGCACAGCAGUUAGGACGGGCUUUGGAAGAAGGUACAGUGUCUGUUUGGCCAGAUGAAGAUACUCGGCAGUUCUAUGAGUCAAGGAUGGAAUUAAGGGAGAUGGUUCCUGCAAUUUUGUUUGAGGAGUCGGAACAGCGUACGCUUGAGCCAGUUGGUGGCACGAUAGAAGAAGUUGACGUUACUGGCCUUGAUGAUAUUCCUGAGGGCGAUGAAGAACAGGAAUUAGAUGCUGAUGAAGGUUACUUUUUCCAGACUUUGCAGACAUAUGAUUUUGUGCACAAUCUUGUUUGGAUUUUACGAAUUUUAGAAGAAGAGCCAGUGGAGUCAUCCAGCGAAGUGGUUGAAGUAGCUGAUAAGCUUGCUAAAAUUUCUGGGCAAACAUUGAAAUUAAUGAUGACCUCUUUUGUGGAGCAAUUACCAUGGUUAAUUAACAGAGAUCUUAUUGAUAAAGCAGCUUUAGAUUUUGUCACCAACCUUAAUACAAAGAAGAAUAGGAAGAAGUUAUGCAAAGUGAUGCUAGAAGAACAUUGCGAUCGUCUUGAUCUUCUCCCAUUUUACGGGCGUUUAGUUGCCACACUAGAGCCUGUCAUGCCUGAUCUAGCUGUUGAGCUAUCACAGUCAUUAAUCCAACAAUUUCGUAUGAUAGUUAGAAACCAAUCCAAAUUAAGAGUUGAUCGGAAAGUUCGUUGUUGUAGAUUUAUUUCUGAGCUGGUAAAAUUUGGUGUUAUUCCAAAAGCUCAAGCUCUUUCUUGCCUUCGUAUGGUGCUUUUUGAUUUUCGUGGUGCUAAUAUUGAUAUGUGCUGUGCUAUGAUCGAUUCUAUGGGGCCUUUUCUAUAUCUUUCGGUUGACAGUCAUGGAAAGAUGAAAGUUUUUCUGGAAGUUAUGAUGAAGAAAAGAGAGCAUGUUCGGGAUUCUCGCCAACAGAUGCUGAUCGAUAAUGCUUAUUACACGUGUAUUCCCCCAGAAAAGAAAGAGGUUCCUGCUUCUAGAAGACCACCCGUUCAUGAUUUUAUUCGGUUUUUGGUAGUGAAUCUUGUCCGAUCUCGUGUUGAUACUACGGUUAGAUGUCUUAGGAAAAUAGAUUGGGAGGAUGAAGAAAUAUCAGAGUACGCUAUCUGUUGUUUAAGUUCGCCUUGGCUUUUGAAAUAUAGUAGUCUGCCAUACCUUGCUUCAACAAUUGCGAGAUUAAGUUCCACUCACGAUUUUGUUGGAGUUCGAGUUGUUGACAAUAUUUUGGAAGUAAUUAGAGUCAGCUUGGAAGCUAAUACUCCUGCAAUGCAUCAAAGAACGUUGCUCGCAGUUGUGUUCCUCGGACAGUUGUACAACUACAUUGUUUGCGACUCGCCUAUAAUAUUCAAAACCCUCUAUCAGUUAAUAACAUUUGGGGCUUUUGAUCCUGUGAUAGAUGACUGGAAUAAUUUAACUCGUAUAAGACUUGUUUGUGAACUGCUUCUCACAUGCGGAGAAUAUUAUAAUGGUGGUGCUGCAAAAAAAAAGUUGGACUGUUUCCUUGUGUUCUUUUUCCGGUAUUAUUUGGCUAAAGUGGAAGCAUUCAAAGCUCGAGAUCUGCCAUUCCCAAAUGAAGUUACGUUCUGUGUGCAAGAAAUGAGUGAUUUCGUUCGGAAAGAUAUCAAGAUCCCAGAAACUUUUACCGAGGCCCAGACUGCAGUUGACGAGAUCUAUGAAAAGUACAAACAAGCGGUAUUUCAUAAUCACCGUGGUGAGACAGAAGAAGAGGAAGAGGAGGAAGGAAGAAGAAACAAAAUUGAUGCUGAUGAAAGAACUAUUGGUCCAAUUACCGAAGAGGAUGAAGAAGCGGGUGCAUCGUUCUAUGAUGAAACUGAAAAUGUACGUGUCCAUACAAAUCGUGUAAAAUUGCCAGAAGAUGAACAGUUUGAGCGCCAGUUGGAGCAGUUAGUAACUGAAACAAUGCAGAGUCGCCCAACUCCGAAUGCAACCCCGAUGUCUGAAAUAGUUGUGCCGACGGCAGCAAGGCAAAAGUUUCACAGGGUACUAGCUUUUGGUGAAAAGCUUACAGUUGACAACAGCAAUAAUAUAAGCGGACCGGCUGAAGGCAGCGUACAGGAGACGAAGAUGGCUAUGUUGACUCGUGGGAAAGGAAACAAAGCGGCUACAGAUAAGCGAUUUAGCCACAUACUAAAAGCAAUUACAAUGGCGACUCCAAGCAACCUAGUAGAAUCUUGGAAUGCUCAGCAAGAACAAGAGCGUCAGGAAUUAUCGCUCCAUAAACGUAUUACGUUGACGAUGAAUGAACGUAUGGCAGCAGAAGAAAAUUCUGAUUAA